AUGGCGGCAGCACCCGUCGUUGUUGAGCCGGCCAGGCUCGAAGACGCCCCCGCCAUCGCCGAAAUUUUCUUCAAGUCCUUCAAGAGUGACUUCUUUCAGACCUUAUUUCCCCAAAACGAAUACGGCCGGGCCUACAUGACCGACGCCUACAAGCAGUUCAUGCUCUCCAAGGAGCACGGCUCCCAAGAAGGUCAAGUUGCCGUUGUCAGGAACGAGAAAGGCGAGCCUGCAGCCACCACCCUUAUCUGGAUCAUCCGCCCCGAGGACAACGGAACCUGGUCGUGGCGAAAGCGAUGGCCGUCCGCUAAUGCAGGGCAAAAAGACGAGCUGCUUGAUGAGUUCUUCUCCGACAUGGCGUCUCAGCACGACCGUGUCAUGGGCAAGGACCCUCACGUUUACUUUGAGCUGAUUUUCACCGACCCGGCCUACCUUCGACGGGGCUAUGCGAAAGCCCUUCUCCAACAAGGAACGGAAAUUGCCGACAAGCUGGGCUACCCAAUGUAUCUCGAUGCCGAGCAGUACAUCGUGGACCUUUACUCAUCAGCAGGCUUCUUGACCAAGACUGAAGUCGGACAAUCGUCACAGAUGAUUCCCAUGAUGAGGCCAGCCAGGGGCUGA